AUAGGCCUUGUUGUACUGACAAACUGAGAAACGCCAACACUUUCAGCACCGGCCAGCUGUCAGGCGAUAUGUUUUAUUUAAUUCUUCUAGUCCAGAUCGGCGUUCUCCACAUAACUGGAGGAAGCGCCAGUGCGUGCGAGACGACGUACAAUGGCCACUGUAGGAGUCUGUUCGGCAAGGCGUGCGCGGCGGGCGAGAAACAGGUGAUGAGUCACUGCGGCUUCCUCGCAUUCUGCUGCAUGCCGUCAUCCAACCCAGUCACCGUCCCCCCUGUAGCCGGCACCAGACCACUCAAUUCACCUCACUGCGGCAAACCUCUUGUUAGCCAUGCUCAUAAAAUAGUAGGUGGGACAGUCGCUCCACGCGGUGGCUACCCAUGGCAGGUUUCGCUUCAAUACAACCAACAACACUUGUGUGGCGGCACCCUGAUUGAUGACCAGUGGAUCGUCACGGCGUCCCAUUGUUUUGACGACAUCUUCCACGUGAGGGGCUGGACGGCGGUGCUGGGCAUACACAACCGCUACAGCAUCUACACGAGUCAGAUCCACGACGUCACUCGCAUCGUGCGCCACGCCGACUACACCAAGGCCGACAACGGUCACGACAUAGCCAUGGUCAAACUCAGCAAACCCGUCGACAUCACCGGAACUUACGUCAGACCUGCCUGUCUUCCCUGGAACGAAGACUUCACCAACGACGUGUGCACCGUCACUGGCUGGGGUUCAACCCAUACAGAUGGUCCGGGGACGCAGUACUUGAGAGAGGUCAACAUUCAAGUGAUCUCCAACAGUCGGUGUAAAUAUUUCCUCGGUAACGUCAUCUUCAACCACAAUCUGUGUGCUGGCAUCACUGCGGGGGGAAAAGACGCCUGCCAGGGUGAUUCUGGCGGCCCGCUCGUAUGCAAAUCUGGAAGUGACAAGAGCUACAAAUUGGCGGGAAUCGUCUCGUGGGGCUAUGGUUGCGGUGAUCGUAAUACUCCGGGUGUUUACACGCGAGUUCAAUCAUUCCUUGACUGGAUAGAAUAUGUGAGGAAUAAAGUUUCUCUGAGAGCGUUUGACGCGUUCAAGGGUCACAUGUGCGGCGGAAUACUCAUCAGUGACAAGUGGAUUCUCACGGCUGCGCACUGCUUCAAGGAAAAUAAAAACCCUUAUGCAUGGAACGCGGUCCUUGGCGAAUACGACCGAGCGAUGACGGACGGACACGAAAAGAUAGUUAAAAUCGAGACGCUAGUGAUGCACAAAGAAUUCAACGCCGAGUACGGGAACGACAUCGCCAUGUUGAAGAUCGGCACUCCCCUGAACGCAUACGGCAAAUACAUCCGACCGGUGUGUCUGCCGGACAGAAACGAAACGUUCAAAGACCUGUACUGCACGGUCACCGGAUGGGGAGCCAGCUCCUCGGGUCUCCCGAUAGAGUUAUCAUUGCGACCGAGAACCCCAAGGGAACGAACAGCAGAUCUGUCCUCCUUGGGUGUUCCGUUCGGUCUCUCUGAGUCUACAUCUCAUGUAUAUAAAACACAUAUUUAUAAGAUACAUAUAUUUGUUGACGUAUGUUCCUUCCGAAGAUUCCUUUGUGGCGUAGGAACACGGCACUUACUCAAGGUGAGUGUUCCGGUUCUGAGCCAGGAGGUGUGUUCUUACUUGAUGGACAGAACAAUUCCACCAACCGAGAUCUGCGCCGGAAGAAAGCAUGGAGGACACGACGCAUGCCAAGGUGACUCUGGAGGUCCCAUGGUUUGCUACAGAGAUGGCGUAUGGAAAGUGGCCGGAAUAGUGUCGUGGGGUUAUGGCUGUGCUCAGGCGUACACACCCGGCGUGUACACGAACGUAGCACAUUACCACGACUGGGUGGCCUCCGUCAUUGCAUAUUAUACCAGUCACACAAAGAGAGGCAUCGCGCUCACCGGUGUACACUAUCUUUGAUCCACCGAAAUAAAAUGCCACAGACAUGCGCUA